GCGAUAAAAGGCACCAUAGACGCUAUAGCGAGCAUCCAGCACAUCAUCUUAAGCCCGCCUGCCAGAUAUUGCCACAUCUUUGAAGAUGGGCGCGAUCAUUAGUGUCGUUCUGCUCGCCGUACUAGUUGUGCUCCGUUAUGCUCCAUGGACGAACGGCAAGCACAACCGUCUACCUCCUGGCCCGAAACCCCUUCCGGUUCUAGGGAACGUUCAUCAAGUCCCGUUGGAGUAUCAACAGAGAGCAUUCGCUGACUGGACAAAGCAGUAUGGCGAUGUCAUUUAUGCUAAGCUGUUCCGGAAACCCUUGUUGAUCUUGAAUUCCGCUCAAGCCGCACAAGACCUGCUUGAAAAGGGAGGGGCCAAGUACUCCGACAGGCCGCGUUUCAUCCUAAUCACCGAGAUGAUCGGAUUUACACAUAACGUGACGAUUCUCCCGUAUGGCGAUAGAUGGAAGCUGCAGCGCAAAUGGAUUCAGACAGCCUUACAAACGAAGGUCGCUCUGGACAGCUAUAAGCCGAUUCAGCGCAGGGAGACGAAUCGUCUUUUACACUCAAUGCUUCAAACUCCAGAAGACCACUUCUCGCAUCUCAAGAGGUAUGUCGGCGCGCUCAUGAUGGAGAUUGCCUAUGGGCACAGCGUCACCUCUGCGGAUGACGAGUUCAUCAACUUGUCGGAAGCCGCCUUGGCAGGAACAGUUGAAGCGGGGAGUGCAGCUGCGACACUGGUGGACUUCUUUCCGUUUUUGCGGUACAUUCCAGAAUGGAUGCCAGGAGGCGGUUUCAAAAAGAGAGCGUAUGAAGUCAGGAAACUGGUACAGCGAAUGAUUGACACGCCGUACGAGAAAGUGAAGGAGGCGAUGGUCCUUGGGACAGCAAAGCCGUCGUUCCUAUCGUCACUGAUUGAGGAGAUGUCAAAGGAUGGAGAUAUGUCACCUGAAAUGAGAGACGAGGUGAAAGGUGCCGCCAAUAUUGUGUAUGGAGCCGGAACCGAUACUACCGCAACAAGCUUGAAAUCGUUCGUGCUGGCUAUGACGUUGUUCCCGGAAGCAUGCAGCAAAGCGCAAGAAGAAAUCGACCGUGUUAUAGGCAACAGUCGCUUGCCAGAGUUCGAGGAUAGAGAGUCCCUUCCAUACGUAGACUGCCUUCUCAGGGAGGUGUAUCGGUGGAAUCCUCCAGCACCUCUAGGUCUACCCCACCAGCUCAUGGAAGAUGACGAAUAUAGGGGAUACCACAUCCCUGGAGAGUCCAUGGUGAUGGCCAACAUCUGGGCGAUGACACGAGACCCGAACAUGUAUUUCGAGCCAGAUGCGUUCCGUCCGGAACGCUUCCUCGAGAUGAGCCCUGCAGACGCAGCAACACGCGACCCAUACAACAUAGUGUUUGGCUUCGGUCGGCGACUGUGUGCCGGCCGGCAAUUCGGCGACGAGAGCAUCUGGCUCGCCGUCGCCAACAUCCUCGCGAUCUUCAGUAUCCACAAGGCCCGAGACGUCUCAGGGAAGGAGAUCGAGCCUGUCAUCUCCUUCGCAUCUGGAACAAUUAGUCAUCCUAGGCCCUUCGUCUGCGAUAUCCGUCCGCGAUCGAAGAACGCGGUCAAGCUCAUCUCGCAGAUUAACGUUGAUUGAAUGGAUUAGACCUGCCCUGAUACUGAACAGCCCGGAUGCUGAAGUCGGAGCAAACGUAGAGCAAACGCGAAGCAUUCUACGAUCAUGAGAAGCCAGGUAUACUUAUAUAUGACUUCAUGUAACUGGUCAGGACACAUGUAUAAUCGUAGCUGUGCACCUGUUCAACAGCAAUAUGGAACCUUUUCUGAUACCC